CCAACAUGUACGGAUUGUUCCAACAAAAAUGUAUUAUGUCUCUUUUGUUUCUUACGAAUAUAUAUAACCCAGUUCCACUCCACUCUUGGUCUUGAGUUUGGGGUGUUAUGGCUAAAACCUCUUAGUUUGAUUACUGUGUUUCCGCUUCGAAUUAAUCUGAUUCUUCACCUCUAAUCUGUAACACCCUUUAACCCAUUUUCCUCUUCCAAUCAUUUUCUUACCUCAAAAAAACUCAAUGAGUUGCAGCCCAAUAGUAUUGCCUACAAAUGCGCCUGUUGGAUUCAGAUUCAGUCCCACAGAAGAGGAGGUCAUCAAUCACUAUUUGAAGUUAAAGUAUCAGGGAAAGAAUGAUGUGGUUGACCCUGUCAUGGCCACAGUCGAUUUCUGCGCCUUUGAACCUUGGGAGUUACCUCGCAAAUCGAUGAUCGAGUCCAAUGAUCAGGUGUGGUGGUUCUUCUGUCCACGAGAUUAUAAGUACAACAACAGUAGACGUUCAAACAGGACGACCAAAUCAGGUUACUGGAAGAUCACUGGAAAGGGACAGAAAAUUAAAUCGAUUAAUGGUGUCAUCAUAGGAGGGAAGAGGAUUUUGGUGUUUCAUAGAAGUCCUUGCCCUGGCCAAGGGACUGAAUGGGUCAUGCAUGAGUAUCAUCUUGAACCUGAGAAUCCCAAACCUAACCAGAAGUCCUAUGUUGUUUGCCGCUUGGAGCGAAAAACUGAUGAGAAAGCGCUGAAGACAACUAGUCCUGACUAUGAAACAGGUCAACCAAGUGGUGGAAACACGCCUGAUGAUGAUUCUCUGUUAUCUUGGAAAUUCCAGUUCCCUUGUGUCAACCAACUGAAUCUCGAAUCGUUGUUACUACCACAAAACUCACGAAAUGACGAUUUUGGAUUUCUCACUGGAAACCAAGACUCAUUUGGAGAUGUUGAAGCGGCCCAUGAGGCCCUUAAUUUUGCGAAUUCAAUCAUUGAUUAUCCUGAAUUAAAUGACAUUGGAGCAACUGCAAAGAGGGUGUAUUUUCAGGAUGGUCCAGAUAGCAGUGACACAGACAGUGAAUGGGCCAGAGAUGCUGCAAAACACAGUGUUACUUCUGUUCACAGCCCCGGGAAGGAGAAGUCUAAUGAGGAGCCCGAAAAUGUUAGAAAGAAGGCUCACAUCAGCAGCAGCGGAGACUACCAAUUGCAAGCAGGUGGCGGAGAGCUCGUAUUCGGAGAGUAUGUAUUGCAAGCAGGUCUCGGAGAGUAUGUAUUGCAAGCAGGCGGCGGAGAGUAUGAAUUGCAAGCAGGCGGCGAAGAGUAUGAAUUGCAAGCAGGUGGUGAAGAGUAUGAAUUGCAAGCAGGCGGCGUGCCAACAGUAGUUAGCAGUAAGUGGAAGAGUUUCUUUACUUUUGAGGAAACGCCGACUGUCUUGAGCUGUGAUACAACUCCACCGUCUGUGUACCUACGCAACAUGAUUGUGGGGGCAGUUUUGUUCCUUGUUUUUGCUCUUCUUUUUGCUUGCUGUUGUCUAAGUUUUCCUAUUUACUUGGGGUUUAAGGAAUAAUGGAGGUUGUUCUUGAUAUAGAACUAUGAAAUUUCAACAGAACCGACCAUAAUCAAUAGUUUUAACUGGGGUUUUGUAUAUGUUAUUUGGUUCAUGAACCUUAAUGUUUACUCUGUAUAACCAUAUAUUUCUAUAGUUGGCUAAAGUCAUGGACAUGUUUAUUGUUUAA